AUGGAAGAGGAGCGCGAGAAGCAAGUAAGAGAGGAGAUGCAGAGGAAAGAGAAGGAGAAAGACAGCGUGAUUUCAGAAAUGGAGCCCCUUAACCGUGAGGCAUACGGUGGUGGAUUGUACGCUAACGAAAACCUUUAUUCCGGUGAGGGACGUCGUAAAGAUCCGUCGGCGGAGGAAAACCCACCUGUGAAGAGAGCGAGCGACACCCAAAGUGCCGAUGGACCGGUAGAACCUAGCCAGCCACCCAAACAUAAACCACCACCUUCCACCGGCGACCGAGAUCUUGAUAUUACUGGCCAAACUUAUAUUCAGUAG